CAUCGCGAUAUCAUGGCAGCCAUCAGGACGAGAGCUCGACCUCACACCUCCAUGCAGCGUCAUCCCAUGACGUCUGUUCGCUCCUCGGAUGGAUUCUGAUUCCUUUGACUUGCCGAGAUCUCGAGACCUCGCAUAGCUUUCUCCUCUUCCGCUGUUCUGGCGACUUCCUUAGCGGGUCUAAUUGAGUCCCGUCCUGCCAUUUGCUGGCGCUUGCAAAAAGCAGAGAGAGUUGUAGUGUACUCUCGCGAGGGCGCAGCACUCGAUCCUCAUUCUCUGUUACGCGGACAGCCCUACACCAUGGUCAGACCACCUCCCUCAGCAUACCGCAAGGUCGCCUCGCCCACCGAGAGCGACACUCCAAGACGAUCUUCUUUCGGCUCCAUGUCGCGCACCAUGUCUUCAGAGUCCGUAGCUAAUACCACGGAAAGCACCGAGAGAGGGCAGCAUAGCUUGACAGAUGCCAACAAUGUAGAAUCUCGGACAAGGCUGGCAAAGGUCUGUAGGAAGCUCGCCCUCCAUGGAAAGGCGGAGAAAGAGGGGGCUCGGUACACGCUCUACAUGCAUAUUGAAAUGCCAGAGCUCGCCAAGCCCAGGUCCUACCCCCUUUUCCCAGACAAGGAUGUGACACUCCUGCAAUUCUCGAUCGACAAGUUGACUUCUUCUGGCGCAGCUCCUAUGCUCAGUAGUACGGCUGCCACUGCCGCAAGCAGACUCAACAUGAAGCUAGGAGCUGGUGGGGUCGAUGAUGAGGGCCCAGAUGCGCAGAGUCAGUCCUUGAAGGUCACCACCGCCAAUUACCACAUCUGCCUGAAUGCUGCUGCAACGCCAAGAGCACCGACAGGAAAUGAAACAGCCACGAGAGAAACCGUCAAGCAAGGAUAUCUCGUUACACUACACCUUCGCGUGCCGUUCACUGCGCAGCCACCACAGUCACCUUUCGUCGUCAGACUUCCGAUACCUCGCUGCCUCAACAACAAAUUGCGUUUCGACCUGAAUCCCGAAAUCUUCGGCAGCGAUGGAAUGAUUGCAGACGUUCAGCCGGGCACAAUGAGGCCAAGCAAGUCCAGGCCCACAUCGGCUGGCGUUGGCGGUCACGGAGAGGAUGGGACAGCGGUUAUUGAGGGGCCAUUUCCCUCGACAGCUGAUGUGAUCAUCAGGUGGGAGGGGCAGACUAAGGCACCAUUGCUAAGCCCCACUGCGCUUCAGGCGGGCAUGGCUGCUACCGCAACGUCCGAGGAGCUCAGAUGUCUAGGUACGGAGAGGAUGACUUCGAUCUUGCGCGUAUCAGCAGUGGCGAAACCACCAGGCAAUCUCCAACAAGGCGAAGCAGCUAUUGCAAUCGCCUUUCAGGCAGAGCUAGUGGAUCCACAUUUUGUUGGUCUUGACUCGCAGGCCGCCAUCGAGUUGAGACCGGACGUGUUUGGUCAAGCAGCUAGGUGGCACGAAGUCGACGUCUUUGGUUCGGCAGGCCUGCUCAGGUGGGCGCGAAUCGGCUCCGAGUCCAGCCCUGACGGCGAGAUGGCCAAGUCCUCGUCUAGGUCGAGUUUGCAUUCGAUCGAGUCUAGCGAUGGAAGUCUCAAAGCGGCGAUGUCGAGCAACCCUUUUGGAGCUUCGGAAGGGAAUGACGAGAGCAUGUUGAUGGACAUGCAAAUACCUUCUGGUAUAACGCAGAGCGACAUGGACUUCAGCAUUGAUGAACAACCCCGCUCAGGAAGAGCGUCAUCGAGCGCAGGACGUAGACUUAGCAUUGGAGUGCGACAGCAUCGGCAAGAGAUGCAAGCCUCCGCGGCUGCUGACUCUGACGCCGGGAAAGAGACCGGCUUAGUUCUGGUGUUCGACGUGAACAGCAUCCGAGAACGCGACACUUCGGCAUCUACACCGUUGUCCAUCUCGGUCCAUGGCAUUCUCAUAGUAUCGACCUUCGCGAGCCCUGAUCUUUGGAAGGACAAUGAAGUCGCCCUAGAACCCGCCAGUCCUCGAGCUCUCUCGAUUCCAGUAUUCCGAACCAAGUGCGCCGAAACUCACUCCUCAUCUGUCACUUUGGCCAACGUGGAGGAUGCUCCCAACUUGACACUUUUGCGAUGCCCUGCCAAGGGAGUGAAGAGCUCGUCUAGCAGCCUCCUUGCGGACUCAUUGGUCACGGAUCUCUUCAGCAUGGAGGUGGGCUCGACGUCGCCACAGAUCCUUCCCGCACUUGGAUGCGGAUGGGACGUGGAGCACGGGACCCUUGCGAUCGGGACCAAAACUUUUCCAGACCAUGUCGUGAACGAAACUCAGGUACGCAGCGGUGAAAAUAUCUCGCUCGACGCUUCAAAACAAGGUCCCCUCGAGCCCGCAUCAAUGCGCGGCGCCGAGGUCCACGCGCCGCUUGCGGACCUAUCGACUGAUUCGGCGGUGUCCACCGGGACUAUCUUGUCGAUGACUCGCAAGAGUAGCCAGAGCAGGUUUCAACAAAGCACUGAUGUGGAUGCAAUCGGCGCCAUCGUCGAAGAGGCUAAGGUCGAAUUCUGGCCUGCGUACUCGCCAGGGAAGGAGCCCCAGGCCAGCGCCAAUGAGUCAGCCAUGACAGCCGUUCCUGAUCCAGAGUGGUGCCGCAUGGUGGUUCGCUUGAACGUCACCUGGCCGACGAGCCUGCCGACAGAUGACGAUGAAAACGCAGACCUCGCUACUGCCGGCAGCUUGACGCCAGCAUUGCUCUGCCACUUGCCUCCAGAGGCCCACAUUCUCCACGCCAGCAUCGCAGGGUUGCCGCUUCGCGUAGAAGCAACCACCGCUGCAGGAGGCCGGUCUGCUCUCACCGAGUUGCGGCUGUCAUCGUAUUCACACGCUCGGCCCGACGAAAUUGAGAGCUCAUCGCCGUUGCGCGCAUCUAUCGUGUACGAGACUCCUGCUGCUCAGGAGCUGGUGCUCCCUACCAUCGCCGCGACUACGGUGCAGCUCACGGCAGUAGUGGCAUUGCCAGCAGGUACACCGUAUCGCUGUAGUAGCAGCGAUCUGUACCAGGUGUCAAAUCCAUCUAGCUCCCCUACCUUCCACGCCUUUAUGCUUGGCGCCAUGAGCUCAAGAAGGAUUACUCUCACAAAGGACAAGCCUGUCAUACCCGCUGGAAAUGACGUCCCCAAGACUGUGGCGCAACUUCAAGAAGGCUUUUUGAAGGCAUCUCCAGAGCCCUUUCUCUGGAGUCCAGCUAAGGGGGCUGCAUCGUUCGCACCCGCUGCGGAAGUCAAACCAGGUUCCUUGCCUGCGCACAGUACGGGAUCUCGGAAGUCCGGCUUCUGGACCUUCUUCACCCUUGGCUUUAUGACUGCAAUUCUCUGCGUCGUUCUCGCGGGCUUCGGACACAUGGAGACCAGGCACGACACUUUGCUCGAUCUUAUCAAUGAAGUUCUGCUUCACGUGGACACGAGCGCGCCUCUGGAAGCAAAUCUUCCUGUUUGGCAGUCCGGUCUCCGCGACGACUCAAGGCCAACUCAUCGAAACGACCACUUUUUGAAGCAAUACGACGCUACGGGCGCACCUUCCGAGGCAACUUUCGCUGACAAGCAAUUCAGCCUGCGUGAUGACACCAAAUCAUCUCCGCGGACAGAAGCCGGCAGCCCCCUCUACAGCGCAAAUUCUGACCCUUUUGAAGAGACACGUGGUUCUCAGUCAAGAACAAUCGAAUGCAAAGGACGGGUGUCAAGCCUGAUUUGGAGCAUUGCUUCAUCCUUUGGCUCGCUUUGGUCGUUCAUCUUUGGAUAGAAGGGCGGCCUUGGGUAACGCCUCCACCACCUCUUGUAGCCUUAAUGUCUGAAUUCACC